AUGUCUGUGCUUGGUCGACAAUCAGCUGGAAACACAACAGCUACAACAGCAACAGCAACAGCAACUUCCACAUCAACAGUACCACCACCACCACCACAACCAUCAUCUAAUACCACAUCUACUAUCAAAAGCACAUCCAACCUACGCUCAUUAUCUGCUUUACCUACAUUAAAGGAUAAUCUACAAAAUUGUGCAUUUGCAUCACUACCAGUAACACCAUCCCUUCCAACUCCAACAACACCCACACACUCAACCACUCUCAAACAAUGUUUCACCAAAAACUUUGCCUUUUUCGCAGAGUAUAAUGGUGGACGAACAUCAGCAGCUGGAGAAGAAUACGAAGAUUUUGCAGAUUUUGAAGAAGAAGAGGAUGAAUCUGAAAGCAUUAUUUCCGAAGCAUACUCUAUUCUCACACCCGACUUGUCCAUCAGCAGAAACCAAGAACGCAACAUCAACGAAGACACUAUUGCAGCAGCUGCAUUUCUAAGCGAUGUAAAACAAACUUUUCCCUCAAUCACAAACCCCAAACAAUCUGCAUCACAAAUACUCGCAAGUUUCUUUUCAACCGAAGUAUUUUACGCCAAUAGUCUCUUGCAAUUACGACAACACUUUAUCAACCAAGAAUUUGAUAGCUUUAGCCACGACUUUGUGCUCAACCCAAACAUUUUGACUUUAAAACACCACCACCACCCCCUCAUUAUAGAGAAAUUGGAUGCUUUAUACAUUAGCUCAGUCGAAUUGGUCUCCGUUAUUACAAUGUUUAACUGCUUUUUGAAAAAAAUUAAUGCACACGACGUUACAUUAACAAACUUGAAACACAUCAAACUGCGAUUGGACCAGUUGGUGGAGAAUAACUUGAGCCAGUUGGUUCACGGAAUAUUGGAUGUCAUUAUAGAUGGAUUAUACGAAUACAAUUUGAUGAUUGAAGAAAUGAUUGAAGAAGACAAACUGGAAAAAGAAGAUGGAAAAGAAGAGACGAGUUGCGAGAGUUUGGAUGUGAUUAAAGGAUACUAUCAUGAACUUGAAACCACACUCACUUUAAACAAUGCAAAGUUAUCGCAACAAGCUUGCGAAUCAUUUUAUAAACUCUUGCACGACGAUAUCAUUGAAGACAAGAAAUGGGUAUCGUAUAUCGAGUACUUGAAGACAAUCGUUUAA